AUGGCCAUCUCUGUUUCCAAUAUUUGUAGCCCAGGGCUGGCUCUUUUGGACGACAAAGGUGGACAUCCACCAAAGCAGAGAAUGUGGCAUCGAUUGGGGUUGCGAAAAUUAUGGCAGGGCCGCGAUGAUCGAGACUCCUCUGCCGGGGAGAGUCAAGAUGAGAUUUCUCCCCGCCCUUCUUCUGACCAUUCGAAACAAGACAACUUGACACGUCGACUUUCACGAAAAGUUGGCGGUCUACAUACCCCCUUCAAGCGACAGAGCUCCGAUGUCGAACGACUGGCUCCUCGAGAACCUGAUCACCGCCGUGCCCUGUCCGCCGACCGACGCCCCUUAAGCUCCCAUCGAACGUCUCCACCCGUCGGACCCAGACAAUCUGCCCCGGAGGUUCAGUGGCUCGGCCCGCCCACAACCACGGUCGAGUUCGACAAUUUCGACUCCCAACCCGAACCCCAUUCAGAACCGAACGAUGCCCCUGAGUUCGACCAGGUCUCGGAAGUUUGGAACCCCUAUCCCGAGAUGGCAACGGAUAAUUUGGACGCGCCGGAGGAGAAUGAGUCAAUCGAUUUGGAUAUGGAACUGGAACAACGGUGGAUUUUAAAUCUGAGCAUGCAUUUCCGCGACCGCUCAGAACGGGAGAAAUUCUUCGUGACGUACGCCGAAACCCCGAAUCGAUGGCGCCGAGUCACAAUUUCUUGCGAUUACCGCGAUGCACCGCCCGAUUCCCUAGAGGAAGAGCUGAAGGGACUGCGAUAUCAGCGCGAUAAGUGUGCGCGCAUCUACGAAUCCAUUCGCGAGUCCCUUCUCGCGAUCCAGUUUUAUGAAGGUGUCACAAAUCUCAGGCUCGAGACGAGCGGUGGCCGCUUACAUGUCCAUGUGACCGAGGAUGUCAACGAAACAAUCCCAUACCCACCCAUCUCAUGUAUCGGCCAUUUGGACGGUGCCCCGUGGAUUCCGGAACACCUACUGCACUUUGAAUCUCAUUUAUCCGGCUUCGUGUACAAAAUCAAUUUGAAAGGCCGUUACUUCAUCAAGAAGGAAAUCCCGGGCCCGGAUACUGUGGAUGAAUUUCUUUAUGAGAUCAACGCUUUGCACGCGCUGAAAGGCCGUCCAAGCGUGAUCCAGGUGGAGGGAAUUGUGGUCGAUGAACAACGGGGGGUCGUCAAGGGGUUACUGAUCAGCUAUGCCGAACAGGGUGCUUUGGUGGACAUUCUGUACGAGCAGCGCGGGAGAACGAGCUUUGCGAGACGCGAACGAUGGGCGAAGCAGAUUGUGCAAGGGCUCUGCGAGAUCCACGAAUCGGGUUAUGUCCAGGGCGAUUUCACUCUCGCGAACAUUGUGGUGGAUGCAGAGGACAAUGCGAAAAUUAUCGAUAUCAAUCGCAGGGGAUGUCCAGUGGGCUGGGAGCCGCCGGAAAUUGCCGCGAAGAUUGAGAGCAACCAGCGCAUUUCCAUGUAUAUUGGUGUCAAGACGGAUCUCUUUCAACUGGGCAUGACGCUAUGGGCAUUGGCGAUGGAGGAGGACGAGCCCGAACGACAACCGCGACCUCUUCGUCUGAGCGACGACCCGAAGAUCCCGGAUUACUACAGACGGAUAGUGGACAUCUGUUUGAGCCCUAUGCCGCGGCAUAGGCUCUCUGCGAAGGAUCUUCUGGCGAUGUUUCCGCCUUUACCGGCAACAAGGGCAUCAACACCAGUCCGGCCCCUGGAGACGAUGGCCAACGAACCCAGAUUCAUGUCGGUCCGAAGCAACUGGGUCCAGCCUCAGCCUGCUGGGCUUGGGCUGUCAUCGCCAGGCUUGGUGCAGCACGGCGAUCACUUUUACCCUCGGAAAGAGUUUUCUGAACCCUCAUAUGAUGGUCUGCAGCAUCCGAUCUUCCCUGAAAACCAUGACCUCGUCAAGCGCUCAACAAUAACUCUGGCAGGAUCCAAUGAAGAUAUGGGAUUCUCCUCUAAGCCUUCUUCUACCUCUACCUUGAAUCACGAUGAACCACACAAUCACGGAGAGUACAUGGACUACUGCCGUAUCCAUGAUGAAUCAUCGCCUCAUCCGCUUGACAAUCAGAACCUGGAGUCAGCUCCAGUUUCUCAUGAGAUAUCAAUGGGCAAUGGCCUCCAUAACGACCGACUAGAACCAUCAGCCCUCCCAGACGAACAACCCUACCACGGAAAUUACACCAUGGACCACCAGCGAGAGACAGCCCGUGAACCGAGCUAUGAUGAACUCCCGGCUAUGCCCAAUUCCAAGAUCACCACGCCCACACCUCCAGCUGUCAACCCACUCGCCGAGCCGCAGAGACAGCAGGUGUUGAAUCGGCCGAUUCCCAAGGCCGGCAACGAGGCAGACCUUGUAACAUCCGUAUUGCCGAUCAAUCCUACUCUGCGUGACUCUAGAACUCCAAUCAGUACCCAGAGCACCCUUUUACCGGCAACACCGUCUUCAAUGAAGCUUCAGAAGCAGGAAACACCGGAUCAGCCAUGUGCAAAGGCGUCCAAUGACGAACUCGACCUCGAAUCCUCAGCCCUGCCUAUCAGUCCUACUUUCCGCGAUUCCGAAAAUCUCGACGCCGUUGUGAGUGCCUCCCGAUCGAUGAAUGCUUCCCAUAUCAAAUCACCAAAGCAAAAGCAUGCAACUCGGCCAGGCGCAAACGUCAGCGAUAAACCUAGACCAACGGAGCCAUCACCCCCAACAUCUUCUCUGUCCGCGUCGGAAUUGCCUAUUAGUCCUUCCUUCCGUUCGACUGGCGCUCCCACCAAUGGCCCAAGUGUUCCUUGCUCGAAGGUCCCUCCCUCGCAGGUUCCUUCUUUGAAAUCGCCGAAGCAGGAUGAUGCGGUUCAGCAACCUGCGAAUACCCCCAAGAUCAAACCUACGACCACAGCGCCGUCAAACUCCCAACCUCCCUCGGCAUCGCCUAUCGACCCUACCCAGAUUCGUUCCUGGCCCUCCAUUGACUUUGAUACCCCACCUCAAUCGGUGAAGUCUUCUCCCGUCGAAGCCUCAAAGCAGGAAUCCACAGGAUUCCCACAUGCCGAACCGUCACCCUCCACAUCAUACCUCCCACGUUCAGAAUUGCCUAUCAAUCCUGCAUUCCGUUCUCCACAUACGUCGCUCAGCUCUACAAAUGUCCCGUCAUCCCAGGGUCCCGCGCCCAUCGAGUCGUCAAAGCAGAAAAAUUCCACCCCUCCUACAACUAAGACCACACCGACAUCCACUGGCUCACCAUCCCCCACUUCAGCUCGCUUUUCUUCCGCAUUGCACAUGUCAAGCCUCCGCCACACUGGGGCUUCCAUUGGAUCUAUGGGUACUGGUCCAUCUGUUGUUGGCAUUGGGCUGCUUAGGCGGCCAUGGGAAUCAUCAUCCGCGAACCCUGCAGAUGUCAAGCCUGUAUCGACGAAGCCGCCUGUGCCGGCUUCCUCUCCCAGUAGCUCUCAGGCUGGUCCCGAGCCAGCUCCCACCACCACAUCGGCAAAAGCAUCAUCUCGCGGUGUCUCUCAGGCUUCCUCCAAGCCUACCAGCUCCAUCACCCCGGCAAAACCAUCUCUCACUGAGCGGCAAAGAAGUGAGCCUUUGAGUAAAUCGGACUUAGAAACCACCGACAUCAAACCUGCACGCACAAGUCCACCAGAGUCGGCCCCGAACUUGUCGGCUUCAAAACUACCAAUCAGCCCUGCCCAUUCAAGCCCAAAGCCCAGUUCUCUAUGCGCCGAAGCAAAGGCGACCUGCCCUAACAGUUCAGCUUCAAGUCCGGGCAAAGCGAGCCGCUUGAGCAAAACACCUCUUUCUUCGAACCGAAAAUAG